CGAUAUAUAUUUGCAUUGACUUUUAAUUUGCCAGUUACCUCAUGCGGGCCAGUCAGGGUCAGCCAUCGGGUCGGAUGUGGCCUGUGGGCCGUACAAUGCCCAGGUCUGGUUUAGAGGGUGUCAAAUGAAUUAUAGGCUUGUAAAAAGAUGAGACAGGGAAUUGGUGGGGGGAGCAGUCCUGUUCAUUCUGUCUUAGGAGAAGAAUUUGACAUCUCUUCAUUCAAAUUUAUUUGACAAUAUUAAUUGGUAGUUGGUUGGGGUCAGAUCAAAGGAACUGAUUCCUUGCAUGAGUAACACAUGGAAUCAAUUGUCACAAAAUGCUGAAACAUCCACCACCUUCGAAUAGUUUUAUUUUUAAAUGACAAGUUUAUGGGGGAUCACUGUGUUAGCCUUGGCAUCUGAAAUGGGAACUCUGUGUUCUAUUUCUUAGUGCCAUGCAUAGAAAUCUACCUUCAAGAUUCUUCUUAUUGGACAAACACCUCUCACUUUCUCUAUGCAUUCUAGGAAGCCUUUUUUGCAUGCUGUCCUUUAGGCACUAAACAGUAAAGUUUAAGCCGAAAGGCAUCUAUUGUACAUAACUAGCUAUGUUACUUAGUGUUUCUAGGGAUGCCCCAUCCCUACUAUGCAGGUUUAGCCUGUAUUGGUUUUCAGUUCAGUUGAUGGCCACUAAAAGGGAAGUACUUAAUUGAGCUGUAUGGCAUGACUUGACUGUGUAAUAUGCUGUGAUGUAGAAACAGAAUGGAAAUUUCCAUUACUUGUGCUUUCCUUUCACUGACUGACUUUUUCCUAAAUUCUGCCAGAGGCUUUUGGACAGUUAUGAUUUAUAAACUUUAUCCAGUUCCCUUCUCUAAUUGAUGGCUUCUUUUACCGAAUGAGCAAAAGGGGUACUUGACCAGGACCCACAGCAUGUAUAUGAGAAAAAGAGUGUGCAUGCGCACAUGAAAUGUUUGGGGUGGGAAUGGGAAGAAUGCACCUUUCCUUUCAUUAAUUUAAAAAUAUUGGCCUUGACAUCUAUCAGCCUCAAUAUCUAUCAGGUUCAAUCUGAAGGUUGUAUAUAAUAGCCUUGUCCAUGAAAGAAGUAUUUUAGAUCAAUUAACUCUGUUUUCUUGACCAGUGAUUUUUUUUCCAUAAUUUUAACCACCUUAGCCAAUCAGUCCAUGGGACAUCACACAGAAAGCUUCAUUUACUUUAUGGAAUAUACAAGGAACUGUGCUAGAUUAGGCAAAGGGUUCAUUAUGUCCAGCAUUCCGUGCAUGUGGUGGUCAGCCAGCUCCCACAAGAAAGCCACGAGCUGGAUGUGAGUACCCCAGCAGCCUCCCUGUCAUAUUCCCCAGGAGCUCCUGUACCUAGACUGAGUUUUCUUGAUAUGGGAGGUAGCAUCUGGCCAAAAGGACAAAUGGCCACCAAUAGUCUUACCCUCAAUGAGUGUUUGCCUAGGGGGCUUGGUGACAGAUCUCAAGUGUUAUCUGAGGAACUGUACAUCAUGUCUGUGCACGCAUGCUAUAAAUUUGUCCUUGCAUUUAUACCUAAUGUUUCCUGUACAAUACUAGAAGAGAAUUAUGGAAUCUCUCCUCUUACAAAAGUGAUAGCUUUGUCCCAAUUUGACAGGCUAAAGAAGAUGUUGGACAGCAUGCCUCUUCUAGUUUUUAACGUUCAGACAGUUUCAUUUACUGUAGAAUAAAGCAGUCUUUACUCAGCAGGAAUGGAUGGUAUUAGUACAGUAACACAUUGCCUGCAACAGACAAACUUGUCUUCAAUAAAUAGAAGAUUAAAUGGUUCAAAGGGUUCAACUAAAGUUACAAGAUUACUUUCAGUGCAGUGUAACUUAAAACAAAAGACAAACAGUAUUGCUUUACUGAAGGCUUUUUUUGUUUACCCCCUCCCCCUUUAGAUCCUCCACCUCCUUUCUUUUCUUGCUUGUAAUACACUUCCAUUUGCUGGUAGGACUGUGUUGUUAACCUUCAGGGAGAACAGGAGAAAGCACUGGUUGUUACAACAGGCCCAGCAAGCUACAGUAAAAUCAAAAAGGCAGCAGAAAGAAUGGACCAAGAAUGGACCCAGUGGUGGUGACCUGCAGCAUCUGUGCAAUGUUCGUUUUCUUGCUUGAGGUCAACAUGGCCUACAUGUGCAACAAGUACAAGCUAGUAGCUCUGUUAGAAGAAGUGAGAGCACUAAAGCAACAAAUGUCAACCCUCAAGCUAAUAAAAGAAGAUGAAGAGUAGUACAGAAGUGAGAAGUGGAACAGCAAAGUGAGGCAGAAGAGGAGAAUCCUGAGGUAAGAAAAAUGAGGAGGAAAUUCCUUGGAAAAGCAGGAUAGGAGCAAAAGAAGACAGUCUGCACCAGUGGAAGCAAUGGAACUAUGGCACCACCUUCAAAUUAUUCAAGGAUGAGACUGGAGGGCAGGCUGCAGUGAAAGAACUGCAAACCAUCCUGUGCAACACUGAAUGACAGGCUAAAGAUCAAACAAGUAGUGGCAACAAUACCAAGGCUUGCAAGAAAAAGAAGAGUUUUUGUUGUAGGAUAUUCCAUGUUGCGUGGGAUGGAAACACAUGUAUCUCAGGAAGACCCAUGGACUUGUCAGAGAAAAGACUGUGGGCCUUAUGAGAACUCUUCAGGAGCUACAUGAUCAGAUUGAGGAGGCCUUUACUGUAAAACUGAGGCCAUCUUCUUGUUGCUGGGAUGAACAUCUGCAAUAAGCCACCUAACAAAACAGCACCAGAGAAGAGUGAUGAAGCAGUUCUCGAGGUCCAGUCACAGCAUGCCCGGAGAAAUGGCUGGAGCUGGCCUCCACAUCCAUUCCAGUUUGUUGCCUGGCUGCUUUACCUCUUCUUUGCACUGGUUGGCUUUGGCAUCCUCGUGCCACUCCUACCUGUUCACUGGGUUCCUGCUGGGUAUAUUUGUCCUGGGGUGUUUUUUUUCUGCCAUCUAAUAGUUCAUCUUACAGCAGUUUCCAUUGACCCUGCUGAUGAAAGAGUACGGGAAAAGAAUUACCAGGGACCUCUUGCCACAUUCAAUCGGAAUCAGCAUGCUCAUGUCAUUGAAAACCGCCACUGCCACAUCUGUGAUGUUGAUGUGAGCGCCAAAUCAAAACACUGUGGGACCUGCAACAAGUGUGUGUGCGGUUUUGAUCAUCAUUGCAUGUGGCUCAACAAUUGUGUAGGAGAGCGGAACUAUUGCUGGGAAAGACGCUUUCAUAGGAGUGAAGUGGUUCAUGCUAUACUCUUUUGGCUCUUUCUGAACAGUGUGAUAUCUGCCAUCCUAGGCCUUCUCCUAACCCUGCUCAUCGCUUUCUACGUCUUUGUGGAGUUCUUCCUCAACCCUAUGAGGUUGCGCACUGACCAGCACUUUGAAGGCUUGAAGAACCAAACGGAUGUGUGGUUUGUGUUCCUGCCUGCUGCUCCCAUUGAGACACAAGGACCUGCUAUUUUGGCUUUGGCUGCAGUACUUAUUCUCCUGGGGCUGCUGACUCUGUUCCUGUUGGGUCACCUGCUGGUCUUCCACAUUUAUCUCAUGUGGCACCGAAUAACCACCUAUGAAUAUAUUGUGCAACGGCGUCCCCCACAGGAGAUGAAAGACUCUGCGAAACAGCUGGAAUCCUGUCCUCCACAAGUGCGGCCCAUUCAGGAAGUGCAGCUUUAUGCAGGAAGCCUUGGAUAUACUAAUUCUGAGAUCCAGAUGGAAGAUUCUUCAGGUUUAGCAUCUGGAAAAGACCUGUCCAGGUUCUGUGUCCGUGGUGAUGGCACAGACUCCAAGCUCAUCUUGCCCCCUGAACUUCCAGAGGUGCAUGUUGGAGACCAGCCACAAAAGAAGAAGAAGAAGAGGAGGAGGAGGAGGAAGUUGCAUAAGGUUCCCUCUUCUCUCUUGGAAGAAAGAUCCAAGGUGAUGGCUGCUCCAUGGUCCUCUCUUCCAGCUUUACAGCCAGAAUUGUCCAUCACAGCUGCCACCUCCUCAAGUUCAUCCUCCUCCAGCCUUCGCCUUCCCGUACCAGCAGUCCCCCUGAAAGUAGUCUUGCCCACAGACAGCAGCGGUCCAGUCCAGGCUGCAGGUCCUCCAGCGGACUACCAUUCCGAGUCAGCAGAGUCCAUGGAUGAGAUCCCUGUGGCUCAGACACGGCUGGGGAGCAGUGCCCCAAACGGAGCUUCCAAGAGCAAUGCUCGGCACCUCCCUUUCCCUGCAGUCCAUUCCCGAGGGGGAGGGGAGAAGCAGCAGAAUACCAGACAAAGUGCAAAAAGUAAGAACUGCCAUCCAUUCACGGGGCAGCAGGUUGAAGAGCUGGAAAUGUCUCCUAAGAUCCCUGCUGUGUUUGUGAGCCAAAGCAGUGGGGAGCCACCUGUCCCUUCCCCCUGGUCUGGUGAAACCUCUGAACCCCACCACAGAAAAUGCUCCAGCAAACGGCAUGGGGCUGAUCAGGACUGCAGCGUAUGGAACUCAAACACCAGUUCAACUGCAGCUUAGAACUCACCUGACCCCUCAUGUCUGAAAAGCCAUAACCAUCACAGGAGAAGCAAGAGCAUGUGAGCGGCUCACUCUCCAAAUAUAUUGGUGUUCAAAGAUGUAAUCCCAAGUGGUAUGUCUUGCUCACUAGAACUGGCUGGUCUUGAUUGCUUGUUACCUGCCUUUUGUGGGAAACUGGGUUUAUUCCUUAACCUGUGUAGCUCCUGCACCUAAGAUAUUUGCCUUUUGGAGGACACCCAGCUGGCAGAAAAGUGCUCAAGGUCAACUGUCUUCCCUCACAGAUGUGUGCUAGCAGUUUGAUGAUUUCAGGGUUAAGACUGGUAGGUGCCUGUACUCUUAUUCCAUACUCUUUUGUGGGAUCUCAACAGAAGCAUGCGUUUGCUUAACAUGGCAGCUGCGUCAUACCCACUAUGCAGGGAGGGAGGAAUAGUAUUCCUCCAGUAGCAUUGAUUUACAGCAUCUUCUGGCCAACGAUUGAUUGUUCCUGUAUUAGAUCCUAUAAAUGUUUUCCUUCCUCUAUGAUGGUUAAAUUCUUGCCUUGUGCUGCAGGUUCACAUUUUAAAAGACUGACCUUGCAGUGGAGCAACCGCAUCCAUUCCCAGGAGUCGGAGUCAGUUACUCCACUUAGACAGCUUCCCUCGUGUAUGCUUGCUCGAUAGCAGAGCGUUCUUUGCAUGAUGAAUUGAAGGCAAGUAGGAUGAAGCCUUGUAUGCUGAUGUUGGAUCCAAAGUUAUAAACAAGGCAAACGUUUCCCCCAUGGCCUGGGAAUGGUUUAUGAGCUACCUCAACAUUUUCCCCUUCUGUGGAGGGACCAGGCUUUGCAUCUAGAAGGUCCCAGCUUCCAUUCCUGGUAUCCUUUGUUUAAAAAGGAUCAGGUAGCAGCUGAAGAAAAAGACCCUCCUUUGCCUAAGAUUGUAGAAAGCAGCUUCCAAUUAGAUGAGAGUGUAUCUCGAUGGACAAAUAGAAUGAUCCUGCGUAGGGCGGCAUGUGAUGCACCAGUACGCUGGAGCUUGAUGGACACCUCUGUUCACAAUAAAUUUUUUCUAUGCUGUUUGCUAAAUACUUUAUGUGCCUUGUCCUUUGGCAAAGGGGAGAAGCAUCUUUGCCGCUCUGAAAGCUCAGCAUGUUUCAUACAGGACCUCUUGGUUGCCAUCAGGUUAUACAUAUUUUGUAGAUUGCAGCCGAAAUGAAAAUGUCUCUUCAAAUCACUGUGCUUUUCAUCUGUGCUGCAUAGUAUAAAUACUUUGUUGUAUCAUGAUUCAGUAUUGAUAAAACCAGAUGCGUAUUUUGAAAU